UUCGCUCGAAUUGUUAAGGAAAAAUAUGCCUCGCUACGAAGAUCGAUACGGCAGUACUACUCGCCUCUAUGUUGGUCACCUGUCCUCAAAGACUCGUUCUCGGGAUUUGGAGCAUAUUUUCAGUAGAUAUGGCAGGUUUCUGAGCCUUUGCCUAAUCUGGUGGUCAAUGGUGAGGGUGGACUUUGCCUGACCUGGUGGUCAUUGGUGAAGAGUGGACUUGGUGGAAUUUCUUGCCGGUUGUUAGAAGCCUUUGGCGAUUUUGUGUUGUCUUUGCAUGUUUUUAUGGAAUUUGCAACAAACAAACUGGUGUUUACUUCGUGUUGAGGACCCAAGUUGCAUUCACUGCAGUACGUAAGUAGUUAUGAUGGCCUUACUGUUUCUGGAACCCAUUUCCGCAGAGUACGCGAUGUGGAUAUGAAGAGAGACUACGCCUUUGUUGAAUUCAGCGAUCCACGUGAUGCUGAUGACGCAAGAUAUAACUUGGAUGGAAGAGAUGUUGAUGGGCGUCGUAUCACUGUGGAAUUUGCCAAGGGGGUUCCGCGUGGACCUGGAGGGGUUCGGGAAUAUGUGGGCAGAGGCCCUGCUCCAGGGUCCGGGCGCUGCUUCAACUGUGGUAUAGAUGGCCAUUGGGCUAGAGAUUGUAAAGCAGGAGACUGGAAAAAUAAGUGUUACCGCUGCGGGGAAAGAGGUCACAUUGAAAGGAACUGCCCCAACAGUCCCAAGAAACUGAGUGGACGUGGUCGCAGUUAUUCACGUUCGCCUGUUAGGUCGCGCUCUCCUGUUAGGUCACGGUCUCCUGUCAGGUCACGUUCACGCUCGCCCCGCCGUAGCCGUCGGAGUAGAAGUUUCAGUAGGAGCCCUAGCUACAGCCGUUCAAGGUCGCCUGCUAGAAGAGGGCAUGAUGCUGAGUACAAAGAGAGGAGAUCAAGAAGUCCGGGAGGUGAAGUCCCAGAGUCAAAGCGGGGCAGUUCUCCCUCUAUCAAAGGGAAGCGCAGCCCAACUCCUGAUAGAGAUGGUCCCAUAGAGAGAAGCCCAUCUCCUCCCCCUGCGGGCAAAGACAGCAGAAUAGAGGCAGAACAAGAUGGUUACAGCGACAGCCCCAAGGAAACUAGCUUGGGGCCUGUCAGCCCUGCGGCUAAGAGGUAUGACGAGAGCCCAUAUGAAGCUGCUGCUGCAAAUGGGCGUGAUCGCAGCACUAGCCCUAGCCCAAGGGAUGACAGGAGCCCCGUUGAAGAAGAUGAUACAGCAGCUCACUCCCCUCGGGGCAGCGAGUCGCCUUGAAUAUGUGAUGCAGCUGCAAUGAAGUUCAGGAACAGAAUCCAAUAUCAGCGGAGAAGUGUAAUGGAAUCGGAUUCACAGCCAAGAAUGGCAUAUUCAGUGCGCUGCUGCAAACUACUCACUUAAGUGGUUCACAUCACUUGAUGCUUUCUAUUCUAUUCCUGAAUUAAUACCUGAUAAAUAUUCCACAGUAGCCUCUUCAGACAACUUUCACAAGUGUAUAGAGGUUCUCUCACGUGGGGCAUCUUCAUCUUUUACACACUGGUGGGGGGAUAAACUUGGGGAGCCAGUUUCUUCUUUAUAACAACUUGUAUUCAAGGUGCAAGGUGAAGUUCCUAAGAAGGAAUGGCUACAUAUUUCCAACAAUAUCACUUCAAAGGUUAGAAUGCCUGGGAGCCUGGUGAUGCAAGAUCAGAACCUUGUUGUCACAUGAUGGUACCUGAUUUGUUCGACUACAAAUCCUUUUAUGAUUCAUGGCUUGACACCAGCUAUGGUGACAGUACUGGUCUAUAUGGAGAUCCACUAUCAUCCUCCGAUGAUAGAACCUACAAUGAUUCCUACAAAAA